AUGAACAACGGUCCGGCUUGGCCGCCGAGCCCUAGCCCAGACAUACCAAACUACGGCAGCAUCAUUGACAGCAGCAACAGCCAAAAUAACCGGCAUGACGAUGAACCUCGGGCCGUAUAUCCUGACUCCGGCACCGGACGGGCCGGCCCCAGUGCGACUGUCAGGCCUGGCGCGGGAUCACAUGCAAUUCGCAUCCAAGAACCCCUCGAGCGGCGACCGUUGCUUACCAGCUCCCAGCGCGCCGCCUUUUCGCACAAUCUUGAGGGCGAUGUCUUCAGCUGUUACAGCCAUGGCACCGACAGAGACACCGUCGCGGCACAUCACCGAUUGCCCGUUUAUACUAAUAUCCAUCGCAUUCGCCGCGAUAUCAUUUCUGUGGUUGAGGAUUACCUCUCAUUAGAGCAGCUACGCGAUGUACGGCUGAACGUGUCCGUCAUCCGACCCCUCGUGGACAAGUUGUAUGAGCAAGAUGAUAUCUCCAUCGUCUACUGCCUGCUGGUCAAUCGCGCCCAAUUCCUUAGCGAGCAGUCGCACCUCAGCAACCGCCAAAAUGUCAAUUACACUCGCGCAAUGUUAUGCGAGCUGAUUGCUACUCGCAUACUGCGCCGAUUCCACGAAGACAAUGAAGGCCCAAAUGGCCUGCUUGUGUUGGCGCACGUCUUGAUCGCCGGCUUCGAGCCGUUCCAAAACGCCCCUGAACAUGUUCGUGUGGAAGCUGGAGCUGCAGCGGCGUCGCCACAUCGGGGCACAAUGCCUGCCCUGGAGGUCGCCAUCCUGAGUGAGGCUCGUGUUUUCCUGGCCAGCACGGCGUGUCAGAAGAUCGUGGAUGCCAUUUAUGAUGGUCGCAUCGUCUACACGCCGUCCAGUUUCAUGGACAUCCUUCCCGACCGUUACAAGCAGAGACCCAUCUCGCUCUACGACCCUCGGAAGGCUCCUUUGCUGAACCAGUAUCGUCUUCUGGUGCCGCGCAUCCGGAACUACCUUGAAAUCGGCCAAUUCAUCUUGCUCUUGUGUCUGUACUUGUUGUUUAUGGGCGAAAGAGAUGGGACACGGCUAAGCAAGCUCGAGGUGUGUUUUACUGUGUAUGCUCUUGGCUGGGUGUUGGAUCAGUUUGCGACAUUGCUAGAGCAUGGAUGGGACGUUUAUGCCCAGAAUCUCUGGUCAUUCCUCGAUGUCACAUUUGCGCUCAUCUACUGGGUUUACCUCAUGAUCCGCCUUUACGGUUGGUUGGCUGGCAAAUCGUCUUUCGCUCAGCAGGCCCUAGAUGUGCUGGCUCUGGGUGCCCCAGUGCUGGUGCCGCGUCUUGCCUUCAACAUCCUCUCAGAUAAUCUAGUCUUUCUGGAAUGGCAACUUCUCGCCGGCGUUGAUUUCCAUGAAAUCCUCGGCCCGUCCCUAAUGGUUGCUUUCGCCUUCCUCGGCAACACUCUUUUCCUCACGAUUCUCGUGUCGAUGCUUUCAACAACCUUCAGUCACAUCGCUACCAAUGCGGCUGCGGAGAUUCAAUUCCGCCGAGCUGUUAUGACCCUUGAGGGAGUAAAGGGUGAUGCUAUCUUCGCCUAUCCGCCGCCUUUCAACAUCUUGGCCAUCCUCUUUCUGAUGCCUCUUCGAGCUAUUGUUUCUCCUCGUUGGUUCCACAAAAUUCACGUUGCCAGCGUACGCUUGAUCAACUUACCGAUCCUGCUUCUAAUUGCACUCGCCGAACGCCGCUCGCGCUGGGCUCCCUUCGCCAACGCUAGCACUUCCAGCGGUGGAACAAUCCCGUUACUCUCCCGCACAGCAACCCUCUCUCUGUCAAAGUACCAUCAACUACAUCCACAACCGACUAUUCGACUUCGUCGUCGCUUUUGGGAUCGUUGGCGAAUCACCACACACAGCGAUAUCUCUACGGUCUUCGAGGUGCCUGUGCCUGAUUCAGUGCUCAACGAAAUUACUGCUGAUGAUGAUAUGACCCGCCACCUUAUUCGCCGGCAGUUUGUCGCUCGAGGCCCCGGUACGCCGAGGGAGAACUCCUCACCUAUUAUCCGUUCUCAGGAAAACCAGCAAUGGCAAUACUAUGAGCAGAACCAACGUCGCCAACAGGAGAUCACUGGCUCCGGUGUUACUGAAUCGCCCACGCAGACGACGGCUGAUACACGGCAGCCUCAGCCAUCUCGUCGCAGACUUACCACUCGGCGUGAUAGCAUGGCGCCGUUUCAGACUCUGCGACCUGACAUGCCCGGCACUCCGCUUGACACCGACCCGGAAUCGACGAUGGAGGGGUUAGGCGUUAACAUUGCAGACCAUGGCGAUCUGGCUGCAAGAAUGGAUGCUCUCGAAGAGGGCCUGAGACGGCUAGAAGUAUUGUUGGAGCGGCUGGCAACUGAGCAGCGGGAGAAGAGCUGUAGCCGCUGUGGCCCUUGCUCGGAUAGUGGAACGGCGAGGCAGCGUAAUGACGAUGAGGACGAGAUGGAAAGAAGGCGAACUAGGCCUUCCGUGGGAAAUUCAAGGCAGAUGUGA